AAAAGUUUGUAGAUAACGAAGCAAUAUAAGUUAUGGAUGGUUUGUUGAGUCGUCCACAUUUUGACCAUUGGGGUGGCUCGCUGUGAAAUCCUCCUGGCUGUAAGAUCGCUCGUCUCUGCAAGAAUGAUGGCUGGUCACAGGUGUCUCCUUUUCCACUGCAUUUUGCUGUCCGUCACUUUUUUGUGCCACGGAAACAACGUGUUCUUCAAUGACAAUAGUAACCUCAUACUCCCGGGGUCCUACAAUAUUCCAUGGAUGGCGGGCAUUGAGGAUUUCCGCAUCCUCUCUUCCAUCACCAUCCCUGGUUCCCAUGACAGCAUGGCCCUGUACGGAGGUCCAGAGGCUAAAUGCCAGGCUUUGUCCCUGAGGGAUCAGCUCAGAGCCGGCAUUCGUUUCCUGGAUCUCAAAGUGCUUGGACUGGGUGACACCCUCUAUGUCAUGCACGGGGUUAUGUUCCAGCGCAGCACUCUCAAGGAUGUCCUAGCCACUGUGCGAACCUUCCUGUCAGAGUUUAGGUCUGAGGCUGUGCUCAUUAGAGUGCAACCAGAGUCCUUUGAGAAGAGUACUGUCAAUCAAAUGGUGCAGAGUCUUAUUGGCAAUGACCAGCAUGUGUGGGUGAACUCGGGGAUGCCAAAUAUGGGUCAGGUCAGGGGGAAAAUUGUGUUCUUGCAGAAGAGCACCUUCACAUUGGGAAUUCCUCUCAUAGAUACAGGCAGGAAAGGUAGCAACGAGGUUAGCGACAUUAAAAAUAAAGGCAACAGAAUCAUCAAGCAGCUGAACCAAGCCACUAUAGCCUGUGGAGGUGAUAACGUUGUUCUGACGUACACUAGUGGCACAGGCUUUGGUACUUUCUGGGGAAUGUUUCUGACUCCCAAGGGAGUAGCUGAGAAGGUAAACCCAUGGCUCAACCAGUACCUGAGACAGUUUUACCCCAAUCAGCCCAGACCGUGCUUUGGUGUCAUUGCCAUGGACUUCCCUGGCUUUGACCUCAUUCAAACUGUUAUCAACUUAAACUGGUGGUAGUCGAGUACAAUGUGCCCAAUCGUGUGUUUGAGAGGUUGAGGGUUUGAAUCUGAUACACUAUGGAAUAUUUACCCUUCACUAUAAACUGAUGAAACUGAAAUAUCUGGAAAUACAAAAUGUCAUCUGAAAACUCUCCUUGUCUUUGUCAGUGGAAUCCUUAAAUGCUUAAAUGUGGCAGCAAUGGCAGUAACAUUUUGUGCAUCAUGACAAAAAUAAACUUCAUUUUAUCGCCUCCUCA